AGAGUGACAUCAGGAGCCCCGCACCCCUCCAGGAUUAUAAAUGCAGCCCGGGGAUCUGCACAAAGCCCCUUCCAAAAUCAGAGACACUCAAGAGUGGGCCGGUCACUGCUGCAAUAAUCAUGGCAUCGGGAGCCAAGAAAGGCAUUUUGGAGCGUCUGAAUGCAGGAGAGAUCAUCAUCGGGGACGGAGGCUUUGUCUUCGCCCUGGAGAAGAGAGGUUAUGUCAAAGCAGGACCGUGGACACCUGAGGCUGCAGCCGAGCACCCUGAAGCGGUGCGCCAGCUGCACCGGGAGUUCUUGAGAGCAGGCUCCAAUGUCAUGCAGACAUUCACUUUCUACGCAAGCGAUGAUAAACUGGAGAACAGGGGCCACACUCAGCGCUUCACUGGGCAGCAAAUCAACGAAGCUGCGUGUGACCUGGCCAGGGAGGUGGCCAAUGAGGGCGAUGCUCUGGUGGCCGGAGGAGUCUCCCAGACCCCCUCCUACCUCAGCUGCAAGAGUGAGAAUGAUGUCAAGGCCAUCUUCAAGAAACAGAUUGAUGUCUUUGUCAAGAAAAAUGUGGACUUCUUGAUUGCUGAGUACUUUGAGCACGUGGAAGAGGCUGAGUGGGCCGUCCAGGUUUUGAAAUCCACUGGGAAGCCCGUGGCUGCUACUCUGUGUAUUGGACCUGAAGGCGACCUGAACCAAGUCAGCCCCGGAGACUGUGCCGUCAGACUCGUCAAAGCUGGAGCUCAGAUUGUGGGCGUCAACUGCCACUUUGACCCGGAGACCUGUGUGAAGACUGUGAAGAUGAUGAAGGCGGGAGUGGAGAAAGCCGGGCUGAGCGCUCACUACAUGACCCAGCCGCUGGCUUACCACACUCCCGACUGCAACUGCCAGGGAUUCAUUGAUCUGCCCGAGUUCCCUUUCAGUCUGGAGCCGAGGAUCCUGACCAGAUGGGACAUGCAGAAAUACGCCCGGGAAGCCUACAAUGCUGGUAUUCAUUACAUCGGAGGCUGCUGUGGAUUCGAACCCUAUCACACCCGUGCCCUGGCCGAGGAGCUGGCACCUGAGAGGGGUUUCCUGCCUGCCGGCUCUGCGAAGCAUGGCAACUGGGGCGGUGGUCUGGAGAUGCACACAAAGCCUUGGGUCAGAGCUAGGGCCCGUCGUGACUACUGGGAGAAGCUGAAGCCUGCGUCUGGCCGUCCUUUCUGCCCCUCGAUGUCCAAGCCCGACGGCUGGGGUGUCACCAAAGGCCAUGCUGACCUGAUGCAGCAGAAAGAGGCCACAUCCCAGGAGCAGCUGAAGGCUCUCUUCGCAAAGGCCAACCAGAGCCAGUGAGCUCUUCUCUCAGGCGUCUGUUUCCAAAGGAGAAGCCAAGAUCAGUCCCUUAAGUUUACAGACAAGAGAGAUUGAAAUGCUAAAGAUCUUUCUGUCUUUUCUUAGGACCAUUUUACUAUAUGUGGAAGACUCGUAUCAUAUGCUGAUGCUUUCAAUUUGUUUAAUCAACAAUUAUUUUCCAGUUUAAGUAAGUUAAUCACAACUGCGAGCCUUGGGAAAUUACUGCAAGCUUAAAAACAGGAGCUUUGAAUGCACUUAAAGGAAUGCUUUAAUGCUCCACACAUGCUAAAUUUCUUUCAAAAGAACUGAAUUAUGUGUAGCAAUAAACUUAAAAUU